AUGUUGGUGGAAUUAAAAAAUGGAGAAACAUACAAUGGUCAUCUGGUGUCGUGUGAUGCAUGGAUGAAUAUACACUUAAGGGAUGCCAUCUGCACGUCAAGGGAUGGCGAUCGUUUCUUGAAAAUGCCCGAAGUAUAUGUAAGAGGUUCAACCAUUAAAUAUUUGCGCAUACCAGACGACGUAGUUGAACUCGUCAAAGAUGAGGUGAAGGAAGUAAGGCGUCAGCAAAAAGAUCAACAGCGUGCUAAGCGGUCGAUGCAAUCAGGUAACCGUGGUGGUACCAGUCAAGGUGGCACCAGGGGAGGUUCAAGUCGUGGCGGCGGGCGAGGAGCAUCUCAAGGUGGAGGUUCACGUGGUCGAGGCAAAUAA